AUGAUUUAAUUAAAUAAAUACAUUUAUUUUAAAUUAUAAUAAUAAACAUAAGUUUGUUUUAUUAUUUUAAAUUUUAUAAUAUAUAGUUCAUAAAAAAUAUAAUUAAAAUAUAAUAAUUAUUAAAAAAACAAGCAAAUUCAAUUUUUAAAAAAUAGACGUGCAUACGAAGAAUUUGUAAUAAAAUAAUUAUAAUAGAAUGAAGAUUUAACAGAAGAUAAUUAUUAUCUAAGCAUAACCUGGGCUAGAGAUUAUACAACCUAUUUAUAAGAUAAUAAACCUAGUCCAGGCCCUUUUGAUAAUUAAUGUUUAUUAAUUGGAAAUUAUAAUUUAAAAUAAAAUAUUAUAUUAUAACAACAUUAUGUAUUAAUAAGUAGUAGUAUAAUGUAUAUUAUAUAUAAUUUAUAUGGAGGAGGUCCAAUUAUAAAAUAAUAAAAUUAAAUAACAUAAUCUCUUACUUAGCAUGCAAAUAGUGAUUCUGAAUAAAAAUAAUAAUAACAUUUUUAAAAUAGAAGUUUAUAUAAAUAUAGUAUUUAGCCUAUUGGUUUAUAAAAUACAUCUAACUAUUGUUAUAUGAAUUCAUGUAUUUAAUGUUUAUUUUCAAUAGAAUAGUUAAAUAAAUAUUUUUAUCAAAAAGAUUAUAUGAAAUCUUCUUCAGAAUAUAAAUAUAAAAAAAAGUUUUAAUUCUGCCUUGAUUAUAAUAGUUUACUAAAAUAAUUUAAUUAAAAAACUUUAGAUUUAAAUUAAUAAUCUUAAUAUAUAAACCCUAUUGAAUUCAAAAAAAAUUCUAAAAAUAAAUUUAAUCCUUCAGAAUAACAUGAUGCCUAAGAAUAUUUAUUAUUUGUUUUAGGUGAAAUAUAAGAUGAAUUGAAUUAUGUUUUGCCAUAAAAAUAUCCAACUGAAUUUAAAGACUCAUAAUCAGCAUAUGAUUUUUAUAUUUAAUAUCACCCUAGUAUUGUAGAUCAACUUUUUUGCGGAUAACUUAUAUCAGAAGUAUAAUGUAAUAAAUGUGAACAUGUAUCUUGCGCAUAUGAUCCUUUUCUUGAUUUAAGUUUAAGUAUUGAUGAUAAAAACUUACAAAAUAUAGAUUAGUGCCUAGAAAAUUUUUUUAAGGCAGAAUAAAUUGAUGGGAAUUAUAAAUGCGAAAAAUGCAAUAAAAUUUCAAAACCUUAAAAAAAGAUUAGAAUUGGAAAAACUCCUCAAAUUUUAGUUUUACAUUUAAAACGAUUCAAAAUGUUUCCUUAUAAAAAAAAAAUCAAUUCUAAUAUAUCUUAUUCUCAUAUACUUGAUAUUAAAAGAUAUUGCUCUUUAUAAAAUAAUUAAAAUUAAGUAAAUUAUAAAUUAUUUAGUAUUAUUUCUCAUUCUGGAGGUGUUGAAUAUGGUCAUUAUGUCAGCUUUAAUAAAAGAAAAGAUAAAUGGUACUUUUGUGAUGAUGAGAAUAUAAAAAAAUUGUUAGCAGUAAUAGGAACAAUGAAAUUUAAAUAUUAGGAGAGUAAGGGAUAUAUAGGUGAUUUAAUUCCUGAAGAUAAGAAAUAAUAAAAAGACUAAAAUGAUAAACUAUAAACUCUAGUUGAUUAAAUAGAUUAUGCAGCUUUAGAUAAAUUCUUCUUUCCUUUUUAUGGUUUCCAUGUAAUUUGUGCAGGAUUAUUAAUAUUUCAUGUGAAUUUCAAAAUUUGA